AUGAAGCUUUUUCAUAUUCUCUGUGUCGUGAUGGUGAGUAUGCCACUUGUCGUAACCAGUACUCAGUCGUGCCAACAUACAGACAAAAAAAGUGGAUCUCCAGGUAAGGAUGGAUAUUAAGACUAAAAGCAUCCUUUUUUUUUUUUAUUAAGGUAUAGGUAAUUGAUUCAUUAAUCUAUUAGGGGAUAUUUUACCCCAGUAAAUGGUGAGAUACUUUUUCCUGGGUUAAACACAAGGUAAUCACCACAAUCAAAAAUAAUUUUUAGAGUGUGUUAUUUACAAAAAUAUUUUUUUUUAAGUAAUCCAUUUCCCAAAAACAUUUGUAUUAAUGAGCUAUAUAGGAAUGCAUUUUAUAUCAAAGCUACUAAAAUGAGGGCAGUGAUCACUAUGUCAUCAUAUUUACUUUUGACCUCGAGCCACAACAUUUUGUACAAUAUGGUGGGUUGGGGAGAGGGAGCUGGAAAUCCUUAAAUCCAACUUGCUUGUUUUUCAAAAAAUUUAAAAACUCACUUGUCUAAGUUGUAUUGUUUUUAUGCCAACUGUUUGGAUAAAAUAUUGUAAACCCACUUCCAGAUCUUUACAAUUCACCAGAAAUUAUCCCAUUAUGUUUUUCCAUUUUUUCUGUCCACCCCACCUACAAGCACUUCUGCUUUCUGAAGUGCUAUGUUAGUCUUGAGUCUGUUAAUUGUCUUGUCGGUCUAUUAAAGUGUCAAUCUAAUAGAAAUCUGCACUUUUAUAAUUGGGGACAGGUAAGCUUUCUGUUGGCUCCACAAAGUUAAUUGAUGUUUUAAGUAGGCUAUGCUAGCAUGGACCUGCAUCUCCUCCUUCUCAAUGAGCUGUACUACAACCCAUUGAGAAGCAUAGGAAAGCUGAGAUUGCGAUCACAUUUGCAUGUAUGUGUGCAUGCGCGCAGCUACAGCACAGAUGGUUUUUAAUGAGAAACCUUGAACUGGAGUAUUCCUUGGCACUGGAAAAAUGGGAAGGUUUGCAUAGGCUGCAGACAGCAGAUCUGUAUUCAUUUUUCGAUGUGUUAUUCCACAUAUCCCCAUAGAAAACAUGCAGAAAAUAAAAAAAAAAUGCAUUAUUUAGGGGUAUGUCUACUAAAUUUUUAAAAACAUUUAACAUGAGUGUUCUUUUAAACAGACAGUAGUUUUAUGUGUUUUUUUUUUGUUUGUUUGUUUUUUAAGCAUUGGUUGAGAUAGUGAGUUGGCUAAAGGAACACUCCAUAAUCAAUAUAGCUUGCUAGAAGUGCCCUGGUGCUAUAUUUGAAUGAUGAGAAAUCUCACACUACCAAUGCUGCUGAGCUGGAAGUUGCCAAACAGGAACAGUAACAGCAUACAGCCACAUGUAUGACCCUUGAGAAAUGCCAUAGGCUGAAACGUUGGGUGUCUUGAUUGCCAUGCCCUGAGCUCUUGUACAUAAGGAAGGUUCAACACUAUUUCAAGCCUUGCUUCUGGAUAUCUAUAUAUCUAUAUAUAUAUAUAUAUAUAUAUAUACACACUUUUUGUCCAUCUAUAUACUUGUUUUGUAUUUAUUGCUAUCUUUAUAUUUGUUAUACAUGCUUUGAUUUGUGAAGUAUAUUUAAUCUGGAAAUUUAUACUCUCUUAUAGGGGGGUGGUGGUGGUGGUGGUGGUGGUGGUGGUGUGUGUGUGUGUGUGUGUGUGUGUGUGUAUAUAUAUAUAUAUAGAUAUAUAUUUGAAUAUUUAUACACACACACAUCUAUUGAAUAUAUCUGAUAUAUCUAUCUAUUGAAUCUUUUAAUUGAGAAUCAAUAGAAUUUAUAGCUUUAUAAUAUUUGGUGUACAGUUUAUUAUUAUUAUUUUAUUGAAUCUGCUCUAUUUAUUGAUUUAUUGACCAUCAGUUACUUCUUGUCUUAAAGGUUUGGAUGAGUUAAACCCUAAACGAGACUCUUUGGAGCAAGAACUUAGAUGUUUGCAAUCCAGUGUAGCAGCACUGAAAAAUGGUGAGUAAUGCAAAUCCAACAUUUUGUUUGAAAUUCACCCAAAAGUGCACACACACACAAACUAUGAUACAUUGCACUAAUGACUCAUCCCCUUUUUAACUUUUUGCACAACUUUUUAAACAGAACACUUUGAUAAGUUUCCCACAAUCCUGAAAGCAUCAGAUUUUAACAUGAUAUUCUGAUUUCUCUACAAAAUAUAGUUAAGGAUAGGUAACUGUGCCCUAGACAAUGGAUGCUAAACAGCAGAAAAUGUAUGAUUUAACAUGUUAUGAAGUUAUUUAUAUUUGGUAAAAAAAAAAUAUUUUACUGCCAAUUAAUGUCAUAAAAUGGCAAAAUCAUCUUAGAACUGUAUAUAAAAUAAUAUUAGUUAAGGUAAUGCUAUUUAGUUUUUGCAUAAUGAGUAUUUACUUACUUUUUUAAAUUUUAGCUUUGGUCUUCAAUAGAGGGACAAGUAGCGGUAACAAAAUUUAUCUUACAAAUGGCCAGACAGCUUCUUACAAUGAAGGAUACACAAUUUGUGCCAAGGCAGGAGGACAGUUGCCUUCCCCACAAAUUACAGAAGAGAAUGAAGCUAUAUUGACCCUUGCUUUGCAGCACAAGAAGGAUCCAUUCCUUGGUAUUAACGACAUUGGGGAUGAAGGAACAUUUAGAUAUCCAAAUGGAGAGGAAAUUACCUACUCAAACUGGUCAGCUGGUGAACCCAAUGAUGAGUUUGGGGUUGAGGAUUGUGUGGAAAUGUUUAAUAAUGGGAAGUGGAAUGAUAAGAAUUGUGAAGAAAAACGACUUAUCAUUUGUGAAUUUUCUUAA